AUGGGUGGCACGGGUGGCAACCUCUACCUCAGCAUGUUGACAGGCGCCACCGAGGCGCAGAAGACGCCCGAGGUGAACGGACACCUCCACCGGGGCGGCGUGGUGGGGAAGGACCCGGCCGAGCUCAAGGCGGGCCUCCAGGACGCGCGCUUCUACUACCCGGACCCCCUCGCGGGUAGCCAGGACUCCCUGGCGCUGCAAUACCACUCGGAGCAGGCAUUGGGCGGCUUCGGAGCUACACAGUCGGCUCGUUUUUACGGCGGCUGCCCGUACGCAGGCGCCGGAUCCCCGCAGAGGAGCGCCGCCCGACCGGGCUACGCGGACGGCUUCCCGGCGGCGACGGCGGGGGGGAAGGACGCGUAUCCGCCGUCGCCGGACGGCUUCGGGGCGGCCGCGGCGGGCUACCAGCGGGCAGCCCUGUACCCGCUGCCCGGCUUGCAGCUGUGCGGCAAGACGCAGGCGCUGCUUAACAACUACCCGCUGUGGGCGAAGUUCCACAAGUUCCAUACCGAGAUGAUCAUCACCAAGCACGGCAGGAGGAUGUUUCCUUUCUUGAGCUUUAACAUAAGCUCUCUGGAUCCGUCGGCCCACUACAACGUGUAUGUGGACGUGGUUCUAGCCGACCAGCACCACUGGCGCUACCAAGGCGGAAAAUGGGUGCAGUGCGGAAAAGCGGAGGGUAACAUGCCAGGAAACAGGAUGUACGUGCACCCCGACUCUCCCAACACGGGCGCCCACUGGAUGAGACAAGAAGUGUCCUUCAGCAAGCUCAAGCUAACCAAUAACAAGGGCGGGACAAACAAUCUGGCACAGAUGAUCGUGCUGCAAUCGCUACACAAGUACCAGCCGCGUCUGCACGUGGUGGAGGUAAAGGAGGACGGCGUGGAGGACGCCUUCCACGCGUCCAAAGCGCAAACCUUCGUCUUCCCCGAGACGCAGUUCAUCGCCGUCACCGCCUACCAGAACGCCGAUAUCACACAGUUGAAAAUAGACCACAACCCUUUCGCCAAAGGUUUCCGCGACAGUUACGACACCUUGUAUGCGCCGCCCGACCCAGAGCGCCUCACGCCCUCCCCCACGGAGAGCCAGCCGCUCCUGCCGGCGGGCUGCUACGCUUCGAGCUACCUGUCGGAGCCAUAUGUGGGCCCCUUACCCCAGACCCGCUUCUACGGUCGGGAAGCGACGGUGGCGGGUGUUCAGCAGCACAAGGACGCCCCCUCCAGCCCAGGCCCCCACUGGUACCUCCCGUCCCAGCAGGCCGUGGCCCCCAACCGCCUUGACUUUGCGUCGUCCUUCGAGGGCGACUUUAACAACGCUUUCUACAAGCCCUUCCCGUUGCAGAGCCCCCCGCACCCGGCCCUCAGCUACUACCCCGAGCACCCUUUCGCCUCCACCAGCGUGUCCACCGCGACGGGAUGGACCGCCACCCGGGCCCCGUCUCAGUAUCUGUCCGCAAAGCCGGCUCCAGGACUGGCCUGGUUCCGCCCGCUGUCCUCGUCGCCGGGCAACGCCAGAUUACUAGAACCCCUUCCGCCGACCGACAAGGGUAAAGACAUCGCGGGGGACUGGCUGGAGCCGCCCCCGGUGAAGUCACGGGACUCGUUGAACUCGUUUGAGGGCGGUGAGGACGACCUCAAGAGGAGGAGGGUGUCACCCUACACUUCCAGUACUGAGAACUCGCCACCGCCCGAUCGCGGAACCCAGCUCUGCGACAAAGACCCCGAUUAUUUUGGCUAUUACAUUCACUGA